AUGUCGCCGAGUAAAGGAUUAUUAGAUUCUGAGUUCUCCACAGUAUCUCUCGGUUGCUUUCAUGACAAUCAUGACAGUGAUAGUGAUUCUGUCUUCACUUCUGAACGCUCACAAUCACAAUCAUCAAAUUCAUCCAAACAUCCUCACGUAUGGGAAACCCCAUUUACCCUUCCCCUUCCUUUCCAUCAUCGCAAGAUCAAGCACCCAAUUCAUCAUGUCGAAUAUGGUUACGACCAUGACCAAGGCCACGGACAUGCUACUGUAAAUGAUUCGGAUAAUCUGAUCGGUGUCAAUCAGGCUUUAUCGUCCAUCGUUUCUUUUAAUUUCAGAAAUCAGCUCUCUGUGAAAUCAGAUUCGCCACCUACAAGUCUCUUACCUCCAAUUGAAAUUACCUGUGAUGGAAGAUCUUCUGAUCCAUCCGCACCCCCACGGACAAGAAAAUUUAAACCAUCUUUCUAUCUAUUGGACCACGAGGAAGAUGUGCCCCAAGUCGUUAUUGACUAUAAUCGAGAACAAACGAAUUUCAACAAUAACUUCAAACAAGCCAGUCGAUAUCCCGAAGAUAUGAGAGGCGUUAUGCCGAGAUUUAGAGUGGCUAAUCCUGAUUUUCUCUCAACUUCCUUCACUUCAGCUUUUUCUUCUUCUUCACUUGGAAGGAUUGACGAUGAUGAAAACAAUGAGGAUGAUGAUGAAACGAGAGGAAGUAUCUUUCUGGGCUCAGAUGAUAGUACUGAAGAUCUGGGACUGGGAUUCGAAUCGAGUAAUUAUACUUUUGAUGACGAACUGUACUUCCAAACCCCCGACCAUCGAAGAUAUGAUGUUUUCAAAGCAAACUCUCGUAACUUGGUAGGCGGUACUCGGGAUCCUUCGAGUUGGAUUGAAAUGAUCAAUGGGACUACAGACAAUAAGAAGAAUACUGGACAAUUUCAAUGUUUAUUAUGCCUCGAUGUGAAACAGAGAAAGUCGGUCAAAUGCAAAGAUGUACAUCAAUUGACUCAAGGUCAACCCCAGAAUGGUCACUUGUCAACCUGUUCGGAUUGUGGUCAAAAUGUGAACACACCCUUCAGUGGGUGGAGAAAAUGGAGAAAGUCAGAAAAACGAAGAACGGUCAGCGAAGAUUGGACGCACAAUAAUGGAUCCAAUUUGAAAACAGGAGCUCCAAGUUCAGCCACUACCAAUUUUGGAAAAACUGCGCGUCAAAGAUCAAAGGGUUUCUUGAGAUUUUCGAUCGAUUUAGGUAUUCGUAAAGAUCUCAUUAGAAAGAAUGGGAAUGAGGAUGAUGAUGAUUGGCACAGAGGGUCGUCUUCAAAGAUCAAAGGUUCUAGAGCUUGGAAAGACAAAUUGCCAUUCUUCUAA